CGGCUUCAUCCGGCCCAUGUGCACCCCUAAUUGGAACGGAGGACAACCAUUUUAAAGCUAGGCAGAUGGCGAGGUGGACGGCGACGCGAACGGCAGUGUGGAAGUGGUCACGGAAGCUGCAAUGGAACCAGAGAAGCGAAGCAAAGGAAAGACCGACAAUUGGUCGCGACGGCCAUGCAAGCACGAGAAACAACCGGCCUAGCGGGUGAAGCGGGCGAUGGUGGCAUGUUCGCGGUGGAUAAAGGUCUGCUUGGGAGUUCGGAGGUGUUAGAGCGACGCGACGCACACACGCAGCGGCGUAGAGAAGGAGGACGAAGUUUGAAAUCCGGGUCUGGACCCGCGUUUCCUUGGUUCUGGGCCUGGAUCUGACCCAAAAAAAACCCUAAACUCUCUUGCCACCGUUUAUUUAAAGCCUUUUCUUCGCCACUGUCUCUCAACUCUCAAGCUCAGAUUCAUUUCAAAUCCAAGGGAACUUGGGUCAAAUCUGAUAAAGAUGUCGAAUCCAAAAGUUUUCUUUGACAUUGCAAUUGGAAGGAUGAAAGCAGGGAGAAUAGUAAUGGAGCUGUUUGCUGAUGUAACACCAAAAACAGCUGAAAACUUCAGGGCUCUAUGCACCGGAGAGAAGGGGAUUGGAAACUCUGGGAAACCUUUGCACUACAAAGGGUCUUCGUUUCACCGAAUUAUUCCUCAGUUUAUGUGUCAGGGUGGAGAUUUUACCAGAGGGAAUGGGACUGGUGGAGAGUCAAUUUAUGGUUCUAAAUUCGCCGAUGAGAAUUUCAAGUUGAAGCAUACAGGACCUGGUAUGCUUUCCAUGGCAAAUGCAGGGCCCCAUACAAAUGGUUCUCAGUUUUUUAUAUGUACUGCCAAGACUGAAUGGCUUGAUGGGAAGCAUGUUGUGUUUGGAAAAGUUAUUGAUGGGUACAGUGUGGUUAAGGAGAUGGAGAAGGUUGGUUCAAAUGCUGGGAAGACAUCUGAACCGGUUGUUAUAGAAGAUUGUGGUCAGAUAGCAGAGAAUUGAAUUCAUCAUCCAUGGGUUUUUCAUGGCAAGUUUUAAGCCUUGUUAGUAAUACAAUGUAAAUUAAUAAGCGAUUAUAUGUAUUACAAGUAAAAUGCUUUUAAGUUGAUUUUAAUUGAUAAAUUGCUUUGUGCUUUGUUGGACCAGAUGAUUUAGAAGAGAAGUACCACACAGUA